AUAACUCAUUUCACUUUGAAAAAUAGACAGGAAAUCUACGUUUCAGAUUAGCAUUCCAACCUUACCGUAUAGCACUGAGUAUACAUCCAAAGUAUCUACGAGUUUCUCUAAUGAGAUCUGGACGUUUCACUGGUAAAGGUUGCACUAACAAACAGUCUGAAGCAUUAACAGGUCUAUCUUGUAAUGAUUGUCGAGAAAUGUAGUCAACAUGUUGAAUUCGUUUGGAACUCCUGUGCUGGACCGUAUAGUCAUAGGCACUCAAAGCAAUACUCCAUCGUUGAACCAUAGCAGCUUAGGAAAGUGCUAAGGAUUUUUCAGGAUAAUAAAUAAACUUUAAAGCCUCAUGGUUACUUUAAAAAAAGAGGCGUUACAGUAUUUAGAGCAUGUUCGUGAUUCAAAAGAAGCCGAAAAGAUGUAUGAGAAAGAAAUGAGCAGAAGUAUUGACGAACAUAUUGCGAAGCAACAAAACCUUGGUCACCAUAAGAAAAUGCAGCUUCUUGUAGCUAGAGAAAAUUUGAAAAAUGAUGUAAACGAAGUAUGUCGACAACAAAUAGUGGAAAAAAGAAAAAAGCAGGAUGAAGAAAAACGUGAACGCGUAGAAGAAGUGAAACAACUUAACAAAGUUAUUGAACGAAUGAAGUUAGACUCCAAGUAUGAGCUGCACUUGCGACGCCAGAAUAUUGAAACAUAUCGUAACGCCUUAGAACGACAAAUCGCUGACCAGCGAAGUAGGUAUCGACAACUAAUAGCUGAUAAUGAACGAGAGUUAGAGAAGAAUAAGAAAACAGAGGAACAGCUCACUGAACUUGUUCAUAAUAUCGUUGAUUCAAAUGAAACUGACUACAACAGACAUCCAUGGCAAAAACUGUUAGCUACUGGUCACUGGUCUAUUCCAGUGUGGGAUGGUGAACUUCAGAUAUCGAAAUUUGCAAGUGCAAGGGGGAUUAUUACUAUUGCUGUUGUUGCUGUUACUUUAAAAAAAGAGGCGUUACAGUAUUUAGAGCAUGUUCGUGAUUCAAAAGAAGCCGAAAAGAUGUAUGAGAAAGAAAUGAGCAGAAGUAUUGACGAACAUAUUGCGAAGCAACAAAACCUUGGUCACCAUAAGAAAAUGCAGCUUCUUGUAGCUAGAGAAAAUUUGAAAAAUGAUGUAAACGAAGUAUGUCGACAACAAAUAGUGGAAAAAAGAAAAAAGCAGGAUGAAGAAAAACGUGAACGCGUAGAAGAAGUGAAACAACUUAACAAAGUUAUUGAACGAAUGAAGUUAGACUCCAAGUAUGAGCUGCACUUGCGACGCCAGAAUAUUGAAACAUAUCGUAACGCCUUAGAACGACAAAUCGCUGACCAGCGAAGUAGGUAUCGACAACUAAUAGCUGAUAAUGAACGAGAGUUAGAGAAGAAUAAGAAAACAGAGGAACAGCUCACUGAACUUGUUCAUAAUAUCGUUGAUUCAAAUGAAACUGACUACAACAGACAUCCAUGGCAAAAACUGUUAGCUACUGGUCACUGGUCUAUUCCAGUGUGGGAUGGUGAACUUCAGAUAUCGAAAUUUGCAAGUGCAAGGGGGAUUAUUACUAUUGCUGUUGUUGCUGUAAUUGAAACAAAUUAA